ACCCGUCGACUCCCAAAAAAGCCCCCCGUCGAAUCGAAACCAUAUUCUCUCGCCCAUCACCCGCACGACCUCGCCACGACGACGCCGCCGCAAACCCCCCGCACCAAGCAAACCCAAACCACACACGCACAGCGGAAGCCGAGCGAGCCACCACACCACUGCGCGCCAAGCGGCGAUCGGAGGCGAUGGGGUGCGGCCCGUCCAAGGAGGACGCGGAGGGCGGCGCGGCGUCGCGGUGCCGGGAGCGGAAGCACCUGCUGCGGGCGGCCGUGCAGGCGCGCCACGCGCUGGCGGGGGCGCACGCGGGCCACGCCGCCGCGCUCCGGAACGUCGGCGCCGCGCUCUCCGACUACGCCGCGGGGGAGGCCGACCGCCACGACGCCGCCGUCGUGCCGCGCUCCGCCUCCGCCGCCGCCGCGCUGGGAGCCGCCGCCCACCCGGGGGCCGCCGCCGCCCCGGCGGCGCUCAAGGCGCUCCCACCGCCCCCGCUCGACGCCGUGCUCCCGCCGCCGCCGCCGCCGCUGCCCCCGGGCGCCGAGGACGCCGCGGCGCCGCUGCAGCGGUCCAUGAGCGCGCCCGACAUCCCGCUCCAGCCGAACAUCCGGAAGGCCCGCUCCGGGGAGGCGCCCAUCAUGGAGGAGGAGGAAGGCGAGGGCGAGGGCGGGGACGACGACGCGCCGCGCCGCCGCCGGGGGGAGGACGACCCGCAGCUCCAGCCCCCGCCUCCCCCGCCGCCCGCGAACGCGCCCCCGCCCUCGCGCUCCCCGCCUCCCGUGCCCGACCGCAAGCCCGCGCCGCAGGAGGGGGAUUCGUUCACCCAGUACAUCUUCGGCCCCAGCGACGCCGUGCCCGUGCCGCGGCCCACGCUGGACCCCGGCGCCGAGACGUCGUGGGCGGCGGAGCGGAGGGACCCCGCGCCGCCUCCGCCUCCGCCCGAGACCGACGAACAGCCUCCGCUGCCACCGGAGACGGUGGCCGAGGGCAAGAAGCUGGCGGUGGAGCCCGUGGCGCGCCGGGCGGCGAAGGCGUCGAGGAAGGCGGAGGGCAAGAAGGCCAGGAUCGCCAUGGUGGCGCCGCAGCCGGUGAGGCUGGGCGAUGUCCUGCGCAAGCUCGACGAGCACUUCCUCAAGGCGUCCGAGGGCGCGCACGAGGUGUCCAAGAUGCUCGAGGCCGCACGGAUGCACUACCAUUCCAACUUCGCGGACACGCGAGGAUUUGUGGACCAUUCUGCAAGAGUGAUGCAAGUCAUCACUUGGAAUCGCUCAUUUAAAGGGAUCCCUCAACCGGAAAAUGUGAAGAAUGAGUUGGAUGAUGAUGAAUGGGAAACACAUGCUACCGUACUUGAUAAGUUACUUGCAUGGGAGAAAAAAUUAUGCCAUGAAGUGAAGGAGUUCGAGGUUAUUAAAGUGACAUAUCAACGGAAGCUAGCUGUUCUGAACAGAAAGAAGCAACGUGGUGUCAGUUCUUCAUCAAUCGAGAAGACCAAGUCCAUUGUUAGUCACUUGCACACAAAAUAUAUUGUUGACUCACAAACAAUAGAGUCAACAGUCGCAGAAAUUAACCGCCUAAGAGAUCAGCAGCUUUACCCAAAACUCCUUGAACUAGUGAAGGGGUUGUCGCACAUGUGGGAUAUUAUGUACGCUCACCACAAAGCACAGCUUAGGAUCAUCACAGAGCUCAAAUCAUCUGAUAUCAUGGUUGCUGCACGGGAAACAAGUGAGCAACACCAUGAGCGGACUGUGCAGUUGUGGAGCAUUGUUCAGGAGUGGCACGCGCAGUUUGACAAGUUCAUGACAUACCAGAAGGAGUACGUAGGAAGCCUCUACAGCUGGAUCAAGCUAAAUGUAAUUCCCAUCGAUGCGGACCUGAAGCCAAACUCCUCGCAGCCACAUGAGACUACACCUCCAAUCAAGAGGCUGCUGCAUGCUUGGCAUGAUAUCCUUGAGAAGCUCCCAGAUAAUGAUGCAAAGAAGGCCAUACACACGUUUGCGGAGGUGGUGCACACGAUCCUAGUUCAGCAGGAGGAUGAGCUGAAGCUGAGGAUAAAAAUCGAAGAGACCAGGAGGGACCUUGAGAAGAAGAGAAGGCAAUUCGAUGACUGGGCGCAGAAAAAUUGGGACAGAGGAGCAAGUAUUCCUGAUGGCAACAAUCCUGGGCGUGCUGACCCAGCUGGGGAACGGAAAGCCGUGGUGGAUAGGGUGGAGAAUGCACUGAAGGACCUGGAAGAUCAGUACAAGACCCAAUGCAAGGUGGUCAGGGAUAAGUCCCUCAAUCUCCUGCGGUCGAACCUGCCAGAGCUGUUCCGCGCUGUGUCGGAUUUCUCCCUCCAGUCAGCUGGGUAUUUCAAGGGCUUGUGGUCGAUCGCGCAAACGAAUGACCAGCUGGAUGACUAAGUUGCGGGUGCGUGUAUAUUUCGCUGUGGUGACUUAUGUAUGUAUGUGUUGAGUGUUGAUAGCUUGAUCUGUUUUUAUAUGUCUGUCAGUUUUGAGUUGCAGUUUUUUUUUUAUGGAGUCAAUUUUGAGUUGCAGUUGUGCAUAAAGGUGAAAGGGUGACUGGCUCUGGUUCUUUUGGAGCUAUGGCUCUUGUAUUGCACAAUGUAGGUAUAGAGCUCUGUAUAAUGUUGGAAAAAGCGAUUACAAUUUUGCUUUUUGAAUAUCACGGUUUAAAUCCUGAUA